AUGGAAUUCGACGAGUCGUUUCCACUGGAUGCACCUGGAAUCUGUCGCCCUCCGAGACCCUUGGCCAUCACCACGACUGCUCCGGAGCCUUCGGAUGACUUGACGGUACAGCUUGCAGCAGAUGCUCGUUCUCUUCUGGCUGCCCUGCGUGCAGAUCAACAGGCUCGGAGGCAACAAUGCAAGCAGGUUUCACUGGGUUUGGGAGCGCUUCUGGCGGAAGCCGAGGAGGCGAAGAGAACUCAAGGCACGUUCGGAGCCAGCAGUUGCAGGAGCUGCAGCUUGAUGCUUCAGGAAGUGGCGGAUCUGCAGACCAGGUACGCGACUGCUGAGGCCGAACUACAUGCCGAGUCGCUUGAGGUGAGAACUGAUGGCAGCGUGGAAGAGUUCGCCAGGGCAUGCGCAGAGGUGCUGCUGGGUGCUGGUGCUGCAGAGGAGCAGGCAGCAAUGGAGGCAAGACAGGCACUGGAGGUGGUUCAGCACUACCAGGCCAAGGUGCCAAAUCUGGAAUCUCGUGAAGAACUGGCAUCACGCCGAUCGGAAAUCGUGGAGGCUCAGCAGGCACAGCUCCUCGCAGUCAGUGAAGAGAGGGCAGCACAGGCCUUCCGUGCUGCUUGUGCCGAAGAAGAGUUGACGAGGAUGCGGGAGUGGAGCUUGGCAUAUGAAGCCACAGCGAAGGCAGAAGCUCUCACAGCGCAGCGUUGCCGAUCUGAGAUGGCAACAGCCAUGCAGGAGCUGCAGCGCUUCCACCGCAUGCGCCAGCUGCAGCAGAGUCUGAGCCUCCCUCAGGCACAGCCGUCGCAACUUCGACUUGAGUCAAUUCCGGAAUGUGGGAACUCGACAGGGUCUUGGGGAGAGGAGGAAUGUGAAAUUGACGACCAAGAUGCUGAAGGCGGCAGAGAGCUUGAGAACAUGCCAGGAGAACAGUCCGCCUCUCUCGCAUCCACCGAAGCCGAUGAAAAUGAUCAGGAAGAGAUGAAGGCCCUCAUCCUGAAGUUGCAAGGGGAACUACUUGAUGCAGAGGUUGACCGUGCCAGGGCCAUGGCUCAGCGAGACGAGGCGCAGGAAGCAGUUGCUGCUCUGCGAAAGGAGAACGAAGCCUUGGUUCUGGCAAUGCAGCUGCAUUCCGCGUGCCCCGAUCCGGAG